UCGCAUGACGUCCUUACAGUUCACUUGUAUAAAUACAGUAGACGGCGUUUGAAACGCAUUUGAAACGUCGACUGAGAAAACUUGGAGCAAGCACUACAGAAGGGAAGAAACUGAAGAUUAUUUUUGUGCGCCGGAUUUUCAGCGUCAUAUCAAGUGUGGAAAAUGCAGAUCUUUGUCAAGACCUUGACUGGCAAGACCAUCACCUUGGAGGUGGAGCCCAGUGACACCAUUGAGAACGUGAAGGCCAAAAUCCAGGACAAAGAAGGCAUUCCCCCUGACCAGCAGAGGCUGAUCUUUGCCGGCAAGCAGCUAGAAGAUGGCCGCACGCUGUCCGAUUACAACAUCCAGAAGGAAUCCACCCUGCACCUGGUGCUGCGUCUGAGGGGUGGCAUGCAGAUCUUUGUCAAGACCCUGACGGGCAAGACCAUCACCUUGGAGGUGGAGCCCAGUGACACCAUUGAGAACGUGAAGGCCAAAAUCCAGGACAAAGAAGGCAUUCCCCCUGACCAGCAGAGGCUGAUCUUUGCCGGCAAGCAGCUAGAAGAUGGCCGCACGCUGUCCGAUUACAACAUCCAGAAGGAAUCCACCCUGCACCUGGUGCUGCGUCUGAGGGGUGGCAUGCAGAUCUUUGUCAAGACCCUGACAGGCAAGACCAUCACCUUGGAGGUGGAGCCCAGUGACACCAUUGAGAACGUGAAGGCCAAAAUCCAGGACAAAGAAGGCAUUCCCCCUGACCAGCAGAGGCUGAUCUUUGCCGGCAAGCAGCUGGAAGAUGGCCGCACGCUGUCCGAUUACAACAUCCAGAAGGAAUCCACCCUGCACCUGGUGCUACGUCUGAGGGGUGGCAUGCAGAUCUUUGUCAAGACCCUGACAGGCAAGACCAUCACCUUGGAGGUGGAGCCCAGUGACACCAUUGAGAACGUGAAGGCCAAAAUCCAGGACAAAGAAGGCAUUCCCCCUGACCAGCAGAGGCUGAUCUUUGCCGGCAAGCAGCUGGAAGAUGGCCGCACGCUGUCCGAUUACAACAUCCAGAAGGAAUCCACCCUGCACCUGGUUCUGCGUCUGAGGGGUGGCAUGCAGAUCUUUGUCAAGACCCUGACGGGCAAGACCAUCACCUUGGAGGUGGAGCCCAGUGACACCAUUGAGAACGUGAAGGCCAAAAUCCAGGAUAAAGAAGGCAUUCCCCCUGACCAGCAGAGGCUGAUCUUUGCCGGCAAGCAGCUGGAAGAUGGCCGCACGCUGUCCGAUUACAACAUCCAGAAGGAAUCCACCCUGCACCUGGUGCUGCGUCUGAGGGGUGGCAUGCAGAUCUUUGUCAAGACCCUGACGGGCAAGACCAUCACCUUGGAGGUGGAGCCCAGUGACACCAUUGAGAACGUGAAGGCCAAAAUCCAGGACAAAGAAGGCAUUCCCCCUGACCAGCAGAGGCUGAUCUUUGCCGGCAAGCAGCUGGAAGAUGGCCGCACGCUGUCCGAUUACAACAUCCAGAAGGAAUCCACCCUGCACCUGGUGCUGCGUCUGAGGGGUGGCAUGCAGAUCUUUGUCAAGACCCUGACAGGCAAGACCAUCACCUUGGAGGUGGAGCCCAGUGACACCAUUGAGAACGUGAAGGCCAAAAUCCAGGACAAAGAAGGCAUUCCCCCUGACCAGCAGAGGCUGAUCUUUGCCGGCAAGCAGCUAGAAGAUGGCCGCACGCUGUCCGAUUACAACAUCCAGAAGGAAUCCACCCUGCACCUGGUGCUGCGUCUGAGGGGUGGCAUGCAGAUCUUUGUCAAGACCCUGACAGGCAAGACCAUCACCUUGGAGGUGGAGCCCAGUGACACCAUUGAGAACGUGAAGGCCAAAAUCCAGGACAAAGAAGGCAUUCCCCCUGACCAGCAGAGGCUGAUCUUUGCCGGCAAGCAGCUAGAAGAUGGUCGUACGCUGUCCGAUUACAACAUCCAGAAGGAAUCCACCCUGCACCUGGUGCUGCGUCUGAGGGGUGGCAUGCAGAUCUUUGUCAAGACCCUGACAGGCAAGACCAUCACCUUGGAGGUGGAGCCCAGUGACACCAUUGAGAACGUGAAGGCCAAAAUCCAGGACAAAGAAGGCAUUCCCCCUGACCAGCAGAGGCUGAUCUUUGCUGGCAAGCAGCUGGAAGAUGGUCGCACGCUAUCCGACUACAACAUCCAGAAGGAAUCCACCCUGCACCUGGUGCUGCGUCUGAGAGGGGGGCAGUAACUCUCCCCAUUCCUGUACUUUUUCUAUUUGUGUUUUAUCCCAGUUUGGGUUAUGUAUGUUGUAGUGUUCAAAUAAAUAAAUGACAAGAAUCCAAAA